AGAUAACUUCCGGUAUUAAUUGAAACCUUGAACUUCGACAGAUCUUGUCGGUUAUUUUAACUAUUAUUAUUCUGAAUUAAAUUAUGAGCCAGAGUUAUGAAUUGGAAAAAAAUAUAUAAGGAGAGCAUCAUGAGAAACACUGACAAGAUGGAUCUACACAUGUACAUUCAAUAUCACAUACUAAAAUCAUGUAAUAAUUGAAGAAUUUUAGCGAACCAAUCUACAAAAUGCAUCAUAUACUGUAAUUAAAUAAUAGUAUGAAAUUCAGUAGCAGCAAUCUCAUUUAUCUAUAAAGUGUGUUUGUUAAAAGAACUAACCAUGGAUGAGCUGCUUGGUGAAGAGAUCCAUGUUAUAGAACUACACAUGAUGGAUCUGAGAAAGUUUUUCCCCCUCACAGCAGCAUCAAAUGCAGCUGCUAGAACCUUCCUAUAUCCAUUACAUCUUGUGAGGACGCAUUUGCAGACUCAGGUUGGCAAGCAGGCAUACAAGGGAACGUGGGAUGCAAUCAAAAGUAUUCAUGGGCAGCAGGGCAUAUCAGGGCUUUAUAGAGGAUUACCUGUCCAUUUGUGCCAAGUAUUACCGGGAAUGGGGUACAUUUACACAUAUGAGUAUGUGAGAAAUGUUAUACGGAAUCACACUAACUGGAGUGAUGGGACAAAGUCUUUAAUUGGAGGUGGUACUGCUUCUGUUGUUGCGCAGAUUUUUAAUGUACCAAUAGAUAUAGUCUCACAACACAUGAUGCUUAUUGAUGGUAGAAAAAAGUCCAGUAAAAAUGUGACUGUUAAAACUAACGCGCAAAAAUCUUUACAGCAGAUAAACAUAACCGAAGAAAUGAAGCAAAGACGAUUUGGAGUGUUUCAAGGCGUUGUAAGACAUGUGUAUCAUAAUGAUGGAAUACUAGGUUUCUAUCGUGGAAUGUCUAUGUCAUUGCUUCUUUUCAUUCCAAACAGUGCACUGUUCUGGUACUUCUAUGAACAUUUGAAAGGCAAGAUGGUGAGUGUUUUGCCAGAGAACGUUCCACGGAUGUUGAUCAACUGCUUGGCUUCACCCCUGGCGGGUAUGUCAGCAGCAGCUAUUAUGAAUCCUGUGGACGUGGUCAGGGUUCGCAUGCAGACCAAAUGUGAGGGGUUCCUUGGCACGUACGUUCGUCUGUGCAGGGAGAGUGGGUACGGCUGGGUAUUCAAGGGAAUGUCUGCUCGUACGUUACACGCCGGCUUCAACUCCAUGCUUGUGAUGUUUGUUUAUGAGUCUGUUAAACGAGUCAGCCUGAAGCCCGAAUAUCAGGGAUGCACUAGAUGGUGAUCUUCAGGGAUUCAUAAUCCAUCAUAUCAAUAGGCUAUGAACAGUUAUCUUUCAUAUGGAGAUUGUGGAAGGAUGAAGAUACCUGCAAGACCAAAAAAUUACUGACCAUCGUAGUUUGUUUAUUGUAAAAUUGGCAAAUUGCAUACCAGACCAGACCAACCCAAAAUUUACUGGCUCAAAUGACUUGAAUUUUUGAAAUUUGUACUCAACCUUGACAUUUUGAUCUUACUGCCAGCUAGUUGUUGAAAGUUCUUUUAACCUAAGCUAGAAUUUGUACUAAAAAAUCAACAUUUUGAAGAAUAAUUGAAAGAAGAGACUGUUGACGCUAGCUGUUAAUUCAACCAAGUUCAUAAAAGAUUCUUGUGGAAACUUGAAAUUUGUCAUAAUCAUUCUUUUCUAUUGAUGUAAAGUUAAAUGUUUAUAUUGGUGUAAAAAAACUCAUCAAUAUCAUUGUUGCAACACAAACUGAGAACUUAUGAAAACUAAGUCUUAACAAAACUUCAGACCUUUUAACUCAACGUGCAUAUCUUUUAAUUAAAACAUUAUUAGCUAAGUACGGAAAAAAAAACCACUACUUCAACUUUCCAUCUGUGUUGAGCUUUUGGUAUACAAUAAAGAUGAAUCUUCUUGUUGAUGUUUUCAAACAUAAUCAGUCAGGAUUACUAUCUGGUGCCAGUCGAUGUGUUCACUGUGUGUUUUUUUGGUUGUGGUUACUCUAAGUCCUGAAAUACCGGUAACAUUAUUUUGUCUCAUCACAAAAUGAUUGUUAAUUCAAUUUGUUAUGAUGCUGCACUGUGAUUUUGUUUUUUAUAUAUUUUGUUAAUUGAUUGUGUUUUAGUACUCAAGAUUACUACAAUGUUUGAAACAUUAAACUUAGCUGUAGAUUUAUAUUUUAAGAAACACUGAACUUCAUCAGCACUUUGAUUUAUUAACUUUUGAGUAACAAAAUUAUUCUAUUAAUCGCCCAUCCCCCAGUUUUGGGCCCGAAAAUGACCAUUUAUUAGCAAAUUCAUGCAAAAACAUUGCCUCCUUUAAAUGCCCACCCUCCAUUUAAAAAAACAACACAACAUACCUUUCAAACAAUGAGUUUCCUGAUUUCUUGCUUUACAAAAUUUGCUCUUAACUUCACAUUUGUUGUCUUUACAUCGAAAUAUUAGAAUGAUGACCGAUUUUUAUCUUAGAUAAAAGUAAUUGUGUCUUAUUCACACCCAUCCCCUACUUUGAACUUGAGUACAAUUAUAAUGAACGCCCAGGGAUUAAUAGAAUAAUUAAUGGAUUUUGCUCAUAAAAUAAUCUUGGUUUGCUUAAAAAUGAGAAUACUAAUAUUAAUACGUUGUUUUGAGAAAGCUUUGUCAUGGCUUCAAUGACUCUUUUAUUGCCUUUUUUUGCUUUAUUGUUUAAGUGAUAUGUUACUGCACUUUGAAAACCAAGAUGAUCAUCAACAGAAACCAAUAUGAUGGAAUUUAAUAUCAUCAUACUUUUAGGUAAGGAUUGCUUUUAACACAAUUAUAUAAAAAAAGCUAUCAUUUUAGAAGAUAAAGUACAUUGUUUUGAGAAAGCUUUGUCAUGGCUUCAAUGACUCUUUUAUUGCCUUUUUUUGCUUUAUUGUUUAAGUGAUAUGUUACUGCACUUUGAAAACCAAGAUGAUCAUCAACAGAAACCAAUAUGAUGGAAUUUAAUAUCAUCAUACUUUUAGGUAAGGAUUGCUUUUAACACAAUUAUAUAAAAAAAGCUAUCAUUUUAGAAGAUAAAGUAUUGCUCUAACAUAAAAUGAAACUGAACAUGUGAUACUUUCCAUUUUUUUCAAAUACAAGCCUGGCUAUAGUUUUUAGUUUCAGCAACGAGGCUGUUGAGUUUCCUUAUGGGUUUGUCUGAAGACUCCUUGGGAAUAUAAUAAGCAAAGGGAGCCUAUGAGUACACAAAGCCAUAUUGUUAUUAUGUGAUAUUUUCCUAACAUCCUAGUACCAUCAUUACAGAUACCUCAAGUUUUCCACUUUAUAUAAACUUUUAUAUUUAGUUUAUCUUUUAAUUGAUUCCAUAUACUGGUAUUUUAGAUGUGUUAUAUCUGAGCCUCAUUCCUAAGGUAACUUGAUCGAGAAAUUGAAACUUAAUGAAAAUGUCCUAACUGUGACAAUAUUUAUCUUAAUAUGCUCUCUACUUUUUAUCAGACUUUAAUAUGAAUUCAUAAUUUAGAUCAUUUUCUUUUUAAUUUUCGUAUAUUUAUUGUUCAAACCUUGUUAGUUUUCAUAACAUUCAGCUAAGAAAAGAGGCAUGCUGAGUUUUCUUCUAAAUGAAACCAAAGUUGCAUUAUGAAUGCGGCUCUUGAUAUUGAAAUUUGUCACGGCAUUUCAUUGAGACAGGGUCCGGUUUGAAGCAUGUAUGAUAUUUAUGUCUCACAUUCUUUGUCUAGAAUUAUUAGUUGUUUUAAACCAAUUUUAUUAGUUUAUUACAUGAGUCAUGUUUUUAAGUUUUGUUUUUAUAAUCAAAAGAUACUUUGUUAUUUAUAGAGCACUUUUCUGCAGCCAUACUCAAGUAGUCAGAAUAUAACAUUUUUAAAAUGUUGCACAUUAUUUUGCUCAAACUAUAUUAUUAUGUAUUUCAAAGGAUUAACAUUGUUAGCAACAUUUUGGACUCAUCUUUGGCCUCUAUUUCAAACCACGAAUAUUGUUUUGAUCAAAAUAUUAAGUCCAAUUACAAUUAUAUUUCAUUUUUAAAGUAUGAGCUUUGUUUAAAUUGUGGAAAAGAUCACUUUAGCCUGUGUUUAAAAAAUAUUGUCCACUGUUUUAAAGCAGGAGCCAUCAUUACAACAUGUUCAUGAAUGAUUUUGGACGCUGCUUCAAAGCAUGAACAAUAAAUGUUUACAAUAGGCCCCACUAAUUUAUUGGUUUGUUUUAUGAACUUCGGUCAAUUCUUAUAUCAAGUUGCUGGUUCAACGUUUCCUUAAGUAAUUUUAGAACAGUGUUUUUAAACAUUUUUUUUUUCACAAUUACCAAUUGUCCAGCAAGAAAACACUUGAAUACACUGAAUUUCCAUUUUAUAAGCAUUUGAUAGAUUUGACACAGGAAAUAUAUUUUUUAUGGGUCUUCAAAAACUGUACAUUAGAAGAUUUAUUAAAGUUAUUAGGUAGACAUGUAUUCUUUAAGUACAACGAUGGUUUUCUUGUUACUCACUUCUUACAUUAUAGUUACUGCAGCUUGCUCCCUGAGUUAAAGAAAUUAUAUAUGAGUGAAAAGCAUGAGUUGUAUAAUUUCAGUAAAGAGGGAUUUAGGUGGAGUAAUUGUUUUCGUACUAUGCUUUUAUUUAAGUGACUACAUGUAGCAUUGUAAAUCAUCUGCAUGUUACAUGGUACUGACCAUAUAGAACAGUUAAGCUCUGCCUAAUAGUAAACAGUCCAAUAUGGGAGUUGAUGUAUAAUAGAUAAAAAAACAGUAAAACAACAAAGUAGUACAAUCAUUUUUAUUGCAUUCAGUUGAAAUUUCAUUUUGUUAACUUUUCUGUAAUUGUCUGUAAGUCUUAUAUAUCAAAUAUCUUCAACCCGUUAGGUUCUCAAUAUGUUGAUUCAAUGAUUAUAUGGCAGUAAGGUUAUGUGGACUUGUUGCUGGAUGCACUUAAGUGUUCAAAAUUAUAUUUUGUCAAAUGGGAUGGCCAUAUUUUUUAUUGGCUGAACAUUUAUUUAGGUAAAUCAGAGGUCAGCAGUUAUUUAUUCUAACAUAUAGGUGCAUCGGUGUAUUUUAACAGAAAGUUAGCGAGUAGACAAUAUAUAAUUUUGAACACUUAAAGCUGGUUAAUGUUUGUUAGUUAUCAAAUUAAAAUGAUGGCCGGGCUGCGCUGGGACUGACUACGUUUGAAUUAAUUAGUGCAUUAUGCAGCAUAUUAACAAACAUUAACUCAAACUGAAAAGAUUAGUUUUGCAACUAAAUGAUACUAAGGUGAUAUUAAUGAUUUUUAAAUAUUUCUUUGUUUGAUUCAGCUGAUAAUUUUCAGCUUUUAAUACUGUUACUGUAUAUUUAAGAUUUAGUAAAUUAUCCAACAAGAUU